UUUGUCUUAUCAGCGACACGGCCCACAUGAGAUUGAUCCAUUCGUUCCGGUCAUAUCUCUUUGGCUUCAGUGUUUCAUAACCCGGUUUAGGGCAGUUUCAUUUAGCAUUUCAGACGACUUCCGCUAGGCUUGUUGUGUUAGUAGGCAGGUGGUUGACGGCAAAGGUGGUCGCACAUUUUAAUUCGUCUCCGCCUGUGCUGCGGACAUUUGGUGCAUAUUAUUUGUAACAGGUUCCUAAAAAACCGGAUCAUUCGUUUUAUCGUGUUGUGCAUACGUUUUCCGGCUCGGAUUGAAAUUAGCUGAACCAUAGUGCCCUUUAAAUUAAAAGCUUAAAAUGACGCAAAACAAUGGAACGUUGGACGAUUACGCGUGCUCGCAAGGAUUGAUUUUACCUUUAAUCAACGAAUUCACGUGGUCGGUGGAAGUGCGAGCCUUUCUUUAUUUUCUCGGACUUCUCUACUGCUUUAUGGGAGUCGCCAUCAUCGCUGACAUCUUCAUGGGCGCCAUUGAAAAAAUCACCUCAACCACUCGCAAGGUGUAUUUAUCAAGAGGCGGAUCUCAAGAGCCUGAAAUGGUUGAGGUGCGCAUGUGGAACGGUACAGUCGCCAAUUUGACCUUAAUGGCACUCGGCUCAUCAGCACCUGAAAUCUUAUUAUCGAUUAUAGAAAUUGUGGGGAAUAAUUUCGAAUCCGGCGCUUUGGGUCCGGGCACGAUUGUCGGCUCUGCCGCUUUCAAUCUGAUGGGCAUUAGCGCCGCUUGUAUUCUUGCCAUUCCCGGUGUCGAAUCACGAAAAAUCAAAGGAUUACGAGUGUUCGCCGUUACAGCUGUGUUCAGUAUCUUUGCCUAUCUCUGGUUGAUCAUCGUGUUAGUGGGAAUCAGUAAGAAUGUGGUGGAUGUUUGGGAGGCCGUUGUGACAUUCCUCCUUUUCCCUAUACUCGUUGGCGUGGCCUAUUGGGCCGAUAAAGGAUUUCCGUUCAGAAAGAGACACACAAGCAUCCCGACUACAAACGACAAGCAAAUCGAACUUGGCAACAUGUUGUCGGGGGAGGGGGAAGCCAUGCUGGAUGGGCUUACACUCACCAAAGACGGGCAAGUGGAUCCCAACGUUUUAGCCAAAUGGGUCCGACAAGCCUCGCUCAGAGGUCUCAGUGGAGAGGACGCUGCUAAAUUGGCUGCAUACAAGUUGAUUAUGAGCAAAGAACAUUCCAAGGCCUGGUAUCGCAUUGGGGCCACUCGUGUAUUUUCAGGCAGUAAAAAAGUCCAGCCACAGCUCAGCAUGAAACUCAAAGAGGUUUAUGAUGCCAUAAACGAACAUCCAGAAACAGAAAACUUGAGCCCACUGACUCAUGAAAUAUGUAAAAAUAAAGCAAUCAUUGCAUUUCACGCCAUCGCCUGCGCAGUACCUGAAAAUAUCGGAACGUUCCCCGUUCGGAUUGUUCGCAGUGGAAGGACAGAUAAUGCCGUGUCUGUAAGAGUUGAGACGAUAGACGGCAGUGCCGUGGCAAUAGAAGAUUACGUGGCCUUUAAUCAAGUGGUUUACUUCGAGCCCCACGAAGUUGAGAAAAAAGUGAUUGUGGACAUCGUAGAUGACAAUAUCUACGAGCCCGACGAGCAGUUCUAUCUUAAAUUGAGCUUAACUGGAACAAACACGGCCAAUCAAGAUGAGGUUUUGCUUGGACGCAUUUCGAUCAUGGAAGUCACCAUUUUGAACGAUGACGAGCCCGGUACAAUUACAUUUGGAGACAGAGGCAUUAUAGUUAAAGAAUCAGUGGGUUUAGCACAAAUUCCAGUCUUACGUACAAACGGUUGGGACGGUGAUGUGAGCGUCCGUUGGCGUACAUUAGAUAAAAAGUUAAAAAGUGGGAAAACAUAUAAAGGACUUGAGGGCGAAUUGAUUUUCCAGCACGCCGAGAGGAAACGUGUCAUUGAAAUUGCAAUUUCGAAUGACAUGGCGCUGGAGAAAGACGAGUGUUUCGAAGUCGAAUUGUUCGAUCCUUCCGGUGGGGCCGUCCUCGGACAUACAACCAAAUUGGCCGUUACCAUCACCAAUGAUGAGGAAUUCAAUUCGGUCGUGGAUCGGCUCGCUGACAUGACCACUGCCACCAUGGAUUCGAUGGUUGUGCAUCACGAUUCCUGGACAAGUCAGAUCAAAGAUGCCAUGAACGUAAACGGAGGCGAUAUCGAGAACGCUACUACAUCUGACUACGUUAUGCAUUUUUUAACAUUUGGAUGGAAGAUAAUCUUUGCGUUUGUUCCACCCGCCGGAAUAUGGGGCGGAUGGUUGUCUUUUGUUGUUUCAUUGGCUGUCAUUGGUAUUCUGACUGCCAUCGUAGGAGAUUUUGCCGGCAUUUUCGGAUGUCUCGUCGGACUCGAUGACGCCGUUACUGCCAUUACAUUUGUGGCGUUGGGGACAUCCCUGCCGGAUCUGUUCGCAAGUCGGGCUGCUGCGAUUAACGAAAAAUAUGCUGACAACGCUAUUGGAAACGUGACUGGAAGUAAUUCGGUCAAUGUCUUCCUUGGCUUGGGUCUACCUUGGCUUAUUGCCAGCAUAUACCACACGGCAAAGGGUGGAGAAUUCAGGGUGCAAGCCGGAAGUUUGGGAUUUUCCAUCACCAUUUUCACAAUCAUGGCUGUUUUGUCUUUAGCCCUACUGGUAGUACGAAGAUGCUCGGCUAGUUGCGGUCGUGGAGAAUUAGGAGGACCGUUAGCAACUCGUUACGCUUCCGCCAUCGUUUUGGUGGUGCUCUGGAUGACUUACAUCCUUCUCUCAUCUCUAGAAACUUACGGCCACAUUGAAGGCUUCUAAUCAAACAUUAUAGGUGCCAAAACAAAUUCAUGUACUGCCUCUUCUGCGACGUUCCAGUUGCAACUCUUCCCAGUCAAGAUUACAUUCCAAGUGCAACUCACCGACAAAAAAAAAUAAUGUAGUUCUUUUCGUGUCAUGUUUUUUUUUUCGUUAAAUGGGUAUUGGCGCAAACGGCACACAGAGGUACGCAAUACCGAACCGCUUAUGUUUUAUGUGAAAAUUACCAUUUCUCGUGAUUUUGAAUCAUAUUCUAUGACCGCCAAUUGAUUCCCUAGUAAUGCGUUUCCUUAAGUUAACCUUGUUAUUACGUAUUCUCAUUUUGUAAGCGACAAGACCUAAGAACAACCUCGUGCGUACGUAUGGGGAUUCAUACGACAAACAGCUGGCAAGAGACGGGAAGUACCAUUUUAAACAGAAACAUGUAAAAUCAUUUUAUCCUAAAACUACAGUUUGAUGUUUGUCAGGUACGCCUGUAAAAAGCCGCAGUUGACACCCUUUUGAAAUUUCCAUUCCGAAUCAUGUAUUUUCAUGCGAAUAUCUUGGUUUUUGAAUAAACAAUUGUUCCCUCA